AUGAAAACCACCGAUGGCAAUGUCGCUAUCACCGUUCAACCGAUCCUCGGGAUGUUUAUUGACUUCUCGGAGUUUGCCGGUGAAGAUAUCCAAAAGCGUGCAGACGGCCAGGAGCUGCUGUAUUAUAUGAUUAGCUUAUUCAACAAGAACCUGCUGAGCUACGACCGCAGGGGCGUUCUGCUGGAUGUCGGCGGGGCACAAUACUACGUGAAUGACGACGGCCGCGAUCAAGCCCACUGGAAAACUGCGAAGGGCGGAGAGCCGAUAGGCAAGGCGUCAGGAAGGAGCUUUCUGCACGAACAGAACCCUGAGGAGGAUGACGGAUACCCCAACCUCGAUUGGAACGCUCCCAUAGAGGAUCCUGCCUUGUGGAGCGGGGAGGGGGUAGUCUCCUGUCCGGUCAAUGAAGAUGAGGAGGACCCGAUUUGCGACGUGGAACUAUGCGGGACGAUUAUUGAAUGCCCUGAACCAGCAAGUCAAAUAGCGGGAUAUGACAACACUAUGGAGGCGGGGCCACCUGACAAUGAUGACGAUGAGAACGGCGGGACCGUGGAGGGCCGAUCAAUCGAGGACGAGCUGGUUGAUGAAUUCGAUGAUCUCUCGGUGAGCUCAGGUCGAACCCUCGCUAAACGUGACCCUGCAAAGUUCAAUGGCGGCAGACGGCCCUUCAAGAAUGUCCCGUGCAAAAAGGAUGACCGGGGCAACGACGGUUUGUGGAAAUAUUCUUCGUAUUCCUAUCCUACUGUGGGCGCUUGGGACGUGGGCGACAUGCGGUAUCGCCAUGUCUACGAUUCAGCGAAUGCCUACGACGCAUCGGAGGUCAGCAUCGGGACUUUAAACAUCGGCACAUACGGGAACCAGGCCGUUACAGAACACAUUAUGGAACUGCAGACAAUGAAACUGUUCUUCGUGGAUGUGCACAAGAAUCAGAUGCCCGACAGGAGCAAGUCUGGCUUCAAGCAGAUCCACUGCGGCUUUCUCGACAUGCUCUCUGAGCCUGUCCUGAGUAAUCCUCCGCCUACACCGGGUGCGAAGGCAGCCAGCCAGAUUCCCAUCCAGCGUAUCAUGCAGCGGCACGGCUGGAAGGAGCACUGGAAUGACUUCGUGCUGCUCGAACGCACAAUCAACCGCUAUAAGGAAAACUUCUGGAGUGGAAAGAGACCCAUAGCUCCCAGCACCCGCGCGAAACUAAGCAAAGAUCCCACGAAAUGGUGCGCUGCGUUGAAGAAUAUCCGCAUGACUAUCAACGUCUUCACGUAUCUGAACAAUGAUGACGUGCAGAAGAUCUGGGUCAAAGUAUCCAAUGGCAUUCGCUAUGAACUUGGACUGGCCGACCAGGUGUGGAUUAAUAAAGGUAACAAGCCCACAUUCAUUCAAAGCUACUGGGAUAAAUGGAUCCGGGGCCAUAUGGACCGCAUGGUCGAAGAUGGUACAAAAUGGGCCAGGGAAAGUAUCGCCGAGAUGAGGCAAUAUUGGGCGACGAGCACCAACAAGAAUGCCGCGCUUGUACUCAAGAAACUGGACGAGCUGGAGGGGAAACUGUCGGAAAUCGAAAUUGUGAAGACGUCGCUGGAGUAG